UUUUCUCGAACAAUCAAAUAUAAAAGUCUUACCUCCGGCUCCGGCAACUUUAUAAAAUUCAAAUAUUAAUUUGUGAACGUCAUUCGUCUUAAUCGGAAUCUAAGGCAAAUUAAUUAAUUUAUAAUAUUAAAUUCAAUAAAAAUGCCAGUAAAAGCUGUUUGUGUCCUUAAUGGCGACGUAAGCGGUACAGUGUUAUUUGAUCAAAAGGAUGACAAGGCACCAGUUGUUGUAACUGGAGAGGUCAAAGGUCUAUCAAAGGGAAAACAUGGUUUCCAUGUACAUGAGUUUGGUGAUAAUACUAACGGGUGUACUUCAGCCGGUCCCCAUUUCAAUCCAUUUAAGCAAGAACAUGGAUCUCCAGAUGCAGCUGUGCGACAUGUUGGAGAUUUAGGCAACAUUGAAGCACAAGAUGGUGGAGUUACUAAGGUAUGCAUACAAGACUCCCAAAUCUCACUGAGUGGGCCUCACAGUAUUAUUGGACGCACAUUGGUUGUUCAUGCAGAUCCAGAUGACUUGGGAAUUGGUGGCCAUGAACUGAGCAAGACCACUGGUAAUGCUGGUGCACGUAUUGCCUGUGGUGUUAUAGGAUUGGCUAAAGCUGAAUGAGUAAUUUAUUUCCUCUGUUAAAAAUAGCACUUUGACAAAAAGAUUUCAUUUUAACAUAAGAUUUAUUGGUCAUUAAUCUCAUAAAAUGUGUCUCCUUUAUGUUGGUGCAGGGGUUUCAGAUACUUCAGUAUCUGUGUGUUCUCUUUUAGUAAAUCAUUAUUUAAACAGUCUUAUUUAAAGAUGAAGAAAGGUACUUGAAAAAUAAAUAAUACAAAAGAAAUAAUAA